AAAAGCAGCAAAAAGAGCAAAGUAUUCAAGUGUGGGGGAAAAAAGCAGAGAAGAAGAAACAAAGAUGAGCAGCAUCGGAACUGGUUACGAUCUCUCAGUCACCACUUUCUCUCCCGACGGACGCGUUUUCCAGAUCGAGUACGCCGCCAAAGCCGUCGAUAACAGCGGAACUGUGAUUGGAAUUAAAUGCAAAGAUGGGAUCGUUUUGGGAGUGGAGAAGCUGAUAGCAUCAAAGAUGAUGUUACCUGGUUCUAAUCGUAGAAUCCACUCGGUUCAUCGUCAUUCCGGCAUGGCAGUGGCUGGAUUAGCAGCUGACGGGAGACAAAUUGUGGCCCGUGCUAAAUCUGAAGCUACCAAUUACCAAAGUGUCUAUGGUGAACCCAUUCCUGUCAAAGAACUUGCUGAACGCGUUGCAAGUUAUGUGCAUUUAUGCACCCUUUACUGGUGGCUCAGGCCCUUUGGCUGUGGGAUAAUUCUCGGAGGUUAUGACAGAGAUGGUCCCCAAUUAUAUAUGGUUGAACCAUCUGGCAUCUCCUAUAGAUAUUUUGGUGCUGCAAUUGGGAAGGGAAAGCAAGCUGCCAAAACGGAAAUUGAAAAGUUGAAGCUGUCAGAAAUGACCUGCAGGGAAGGGGUUAUUGAAGUAGCCAAAAUCAUCUACAAAGUACAUGAUGAAGCGAAGGACAAGGCCUUUGAACUGGAGAUGAGUUGGGUCUGUGAUGAGUCAAAGCAACAACAUCAAAAGGUUCCUGAUGACCUUUUAGAGGAAGCCAAGGUUGCAGCUAGGACUGCAUUGGAAGAAAUGGAUGCUGACUAAUGAUUACCGGAGACAGAAUCAUCUUGUUAUCUUAUGUAUUUCGAUCUUCACCAAGUUCCCAAUGUUAUGGACCGUCAAAAAAGGAGUGAGUGCCUGAUUAAACAGGGUCUUUCUAAGAUCAUAUGAGCAGCAGGCUUUUGGAUGAGAUCAUGGAUUCAAAAAACCUUGGAACUGUACUGUAGAUUUUUUAGGCAUCACGUAGACUUUGCCAGUGGCAACUACUGUGAAGGUUGUCGAGAAACAUCUUUCUAGGUUUGGUGUGUAUACCGCUAAACAAUAUAUUGGUUUUACAGGGGCUAUAUUUUGGAAGUCAA